AUGCGCACGAAAGCCAGCAGACGACGAGGUGCCAAACGACGCCUCGCUGCCUUGCUGUCGCGUGUCGCGCGAUCUAUUCUGCCGUGCGUGACCGUGGACGAUGAUCCUGGGGCUGCAAAAGCCAGCAUCCCGCAGGUGCCUCCCGGAGACUACAGCCGGCAGCAGAUCGUGGAGGUGGAGGCGGGUCAGUGGUCUGAUCUACCUGGAGAUCUUCUCGGCGCGGUCUACGGCAGGGUCCCCACCGCGCUCGACCGCGUCCGCCUCGCCGCCGUCUGCAAGUCCUGGCGCGCCGUGGUGACAUCACGGCGGCACCAGGCACCGGGCGCUCUCCCGUGGCUUCUCUUCCCGCCGCGGGACGACGACAUGGGGACGGAGCGCCUCCUGCGGCUCGUCGGCUCCCACGACGGCGGCUGGGUCGCCGCGUUCGAAGAGGGGCGCCGCCUGCUCGCCGUAGUGAGCCUCUUCUCCCGCCUCGAGUUGACGCUCUCCGAUAAGCAGAGGCGGCUCGUGUGCACGCAUAUCAACCGUCCGUUGCGCAUCCGGAAACUCGUGUUCUCAGAGGCCCCUACGUCAACCGGUUGCAUUCUUGCCGCCAUCACCAAACGUUGGUGUGUCGCGCUUUGCAGGGUUGGUUGCCCGGAUGGAGGGUGGGCGAUGGCACCAUGCAGCCACGCGGAGCGCGUGUCGGACGUUGCCUUUUGCAACGGCGAGCUCUACGGUCUUGCCGCCUAUGGCACGGAGGGACUAAUCAGGUAUGAAAUCGAUGUGGACAGCGACGGUACGCCGGUGGUCACCGCCGCGCACCGGUUGGCCAUUGAAAAGCGUGAUGGCGCCGGCUUUGUGGACGACCUAGUGGCGUACGUGAGCUACCUCUUUGAGCUGCGUGGUAAGCCGGCCAUGGCGGUGAAGGCCCGGUGGUCACGCAACCACGAGCCAUCCUUCGGGGUAUUCGAGCUCGUCAGCACCAGCACCGACGAUGUCUACAAAUGGGCGGAGGUGACGAGCUUGGGCGAUUACGCUUUGUUUGUGGGGCCGAUGACUUCAUGUAAGGUGGCCCACGUAUCGGUGGCCAGGCGCGGCGGGGUGCAGGCAAACCACAUCUACCACCUCAACUAUCGCUUCGUCUUCAUAGACGACCAUCUCGGUGGCGGCGCGACAUGCAUGGACGACAAUGGUGGCCGUGCACUGUACAGCGGUGAAGAGAGGCAGAAGAUCGUGUCUGUGGGAUACUACGUGGUUGACCCUACAACCGCCAUCUGGCUUCUUCCUCCAAAUAUCUAG